UUUCUCUCGAUUUUCUGCCUCUCUGUUACGACCCGUUACGACCUACAACUACCUUACGACGUCGCCUAUUUACUCCAUAAACGACCAUAAUCAUGUAUUCUACCCUUGCUCUCCUUCGCCCCGCCACUCGUGUCGCUACCGCUGCCUCCAGUGUGCGCUCUCUGGCCCAUGCGUCUGGUGCGCAACCUGCGCCGGUCAUGCUUAGGGAUCAAAUCUUUUUUGCCAAAGCUACGGCUGACGGUCCCGGACGCGAAGGUCACAUCUUCGCGAACGGCGACUCAGAACCGUUGAAUCUCAAUAUGGCCAUCCCCAAGAUGAUGGGUGGUAAAGGACACGGUCAGAACCCGGAGAAGCUCUUCGCUUCGGGUUAUGCUUCUUGCUUCCUCGGCGCGUUACAAAUGGCCGCGGCGAGUUUCGGCAAGCCCGAGCUCGGCGAGAAGGCCAAAGUGCAUGCCAAGGUCGUGCUCGGGCACCCUGACCCCGCUGCUCUGCCCGGCCCGCAAGACACCAAGCUCGGCGAGGGCCUUGGCCUCGGCGUCGAGCUGAUAGUAGAAGGCAUCAAGGACGACCGGAUCAUCAAGGCUGCGCAUGAGUUCUGCCCGUAUUCGAGGCUCAUGCAGCAUGGCGGCGACGUUUCAAUCAAGACGCUCUAAAGAAGCUCUCCCGAGUCCGAAAAGGAUGAUUUUCACCCAAGCUGUACGAUUGCGAUUUUGGGGUCGAUUAUGCCAUUGGACGCUAUCCUUCUAUUAUUCCUCUCAUAAUACCCUGUGACCGAUGUGCCCUCGCGAACUCGCUCGUUGGCAGAUAACCAGAUAACCAAAUGUAUGAUGUGUAUCCAUACUGCACCGAUGCUGUGUACCCUUGUAUAACAUGGUGUACGAGUA